CCGUAAGCGUCACGUUGUUACUUAGCAUCAUGGCGGCUGUGGAACAAACACGAGGAUUCGAGUUAACGCAAAAAUAGUGUUUUAGCCUAAAAAAAACCCCUCAUAAAUGUUAAUUUAGAGUCUUUUUGUAUUAAUAUAAUUUAAAAUGAGCGACUUGUCGUCCGUGGGCCUGUCGGACUGGCUGGUGAAGCAAUGUAAACAGCUGGGGCUCAACAAACCCACUCCGGUUCAGGAAAACUGCAUCCCACCCAUCCUGGAAGGGCGCGACUGCAUGGGCUGCGCCAAGACGGGAAGUGGGAAAACGGCGGCCUUCGUGUUGCCGGUGCUGCAGAAACUGUCGGAGGAGCCGUACGGCAUCUUCUGCCUGGUUCUCACUCCCACCAGGGAGCUGGCCUAUCAGAUUGCAGAGCAGUUCAGAGUCCUGGGCAAACCUCUGGGUCUGAGAGACUGCAUCGUCGUCGGAGGAAUGGACAUGGUGAGCCAGGCCGUGGAGCUGUCCAACCAGCCUCAUGUUGUCGUGGCAACGCCGGGUCGGCUGGCCGACCACAUCCGCAGCUCCGACACCUUCAACAUGAGAAAGAUCAAGUUCUUGAUUUUGGACGAAGCAGACCGGCUGCUGGAGCAGGGCUGCACCGACUUCACCAAAGACCUGGAGGUGAUCCUGAGCGUCUUGCCGGCCAAACGCCAGACGCUGCUGUUCAGCGCCACGCUCACCGACACCCUGCAGGAGCUGAAGAGCAUCGCCAUGAACAAGCCCUUCUUCUGGGAGAGCACGUCCGAGACGCGCACAGUGGAGGAGCUGGAUCAGAGGUACAUCCUGACUCCAGAGAAGGUGAAGGACGCGUAUCUGGUCCAUCUGAUCCAGACAUUCACAGACCAGCAUGACGACUGGUCCAUCAUCAUCUUCACCAACACCUGCAAGAGCUGCCAGAUUCUCACGAUGAUGCUGCAGGCGUUCAACUUUCCUACAGUCUGCCUGCACUCCAUGAUGAAACAGAAACAACGAUUCGCCAACCUGGCCAAGUUCAAGGCCAGCGUCUAUAAAAUCCUGAUCGCGACGGAUGUGGCUGCCAGGGGUUUGGAUAUUCCAACAGUCCAGGUCGUCAUCAACCAUAACACCCCAGGAAUUCCCAAGAUCUACAUCCACAGAGUCGGGAGAACAGCGAGAGCAGGGAGGAACGGAGUGUCAAUCACACUGGUGACGCAGUACGACAUCCAUCUGGUGCAUUCGAUCGAGGAGCAGACCAAGACGAAGCUGAAGGAAUAUCCCAUGGAGGAGAAAGAAGUCUUGAAGAUCCUCACACAGGUCAACGUGACUCGGCGGGAGUGUGAAAUUAGGCUGGAAUCGACGGACUUUGAUGAGAAAAAGGAGAUUAACAAGCGGAAACAGCUGAUCCUGGAGGGGAAGGACCCGGACCUGGAGGCCAAGAGGAAGGCCGAGCUGCAGAAGAUCCGGAGCCAGAAGAAGAAAUUCAAGCAGAAAAUCCAGGAGAGCAUUCAGAGACAGAAACACGGACAACUGAAGAAGAGAAAACAGACCAAGAACAAAAAGGCAGAGCUGACCGCACCAUAAGAGCUGCCUCUUGUAUAUAUAUAUAUAUAUAUAUGUUUCUAUAUGCAAAUAAAGUUCAUGUCACUGAAGCUCAAA